AUGACUUGGCAGAUGAGGGGGCCCCCCUUCUUUUGUUUACCCAGGGGGCCUCCCCCAACUGUUCUCUUGAACUGCUGCUUAGCAGCAAGGCGUCGCUUGCUGCAGCAGCAGCAGCCGCUGCAGCGACACCUGUUGCAGCAACUGCAGCAACUGCAGCAACUGCAGCAACCGCAGCAACUGCAGCAACUGCAGCAACCGCGGGAUCGAUCGCGUGUUAGGUGUAUGAAUUUACCUCGCGCUGCAGCAGCAGCAGCAAACAGACGCCUUAGGCAGCACGGCGGGCAUCGCCACUAUACAGCAGCAGCAGCAGCAGCAGCAGCAGCAGAAGCAGCAGGGGGAGCAGCACAACGUGCAGAAACGGCAGCAACCACGGAUGCUCUCAGCAGCAGCAGCAGCAGCAGCAAGGAGGAGCUGCAGCAGCAGCUGCUGCUGUGUAACCUUCGUGAGACAGCGCGAGUGCUGCGAGGCACAGCAGCAAACUUUGCUGCUCCUGCUGCUGCUGCUGCUGCUGCUGGAGCUGUGAAGCCAUGCCUCUGUGCUGCUGCUGCGGCAGCAGCAAGAGCUGCUGCUGCUGCUGCUGCUGCCCAACAGGAUGCUCCAUCUGCUGGAGCAGCAGCAACAGCAGCAGCUGCUGCUGCUGCUGCUACUGCAGCAGCAGAAGAUAGCAAGAGCAGCUGUUGUGUCGCUAGUACUGCACCUAAUUGUGCUGCUGCUGCUGCUGCUGCUUGUUUCUUUACGCAGCUGACUAGACAUUGGCAGCAGCAGCAGCAGCAACUGCAGCAGCAGCUGCAGCAGCAGGGAGGCGGUCGUUCUGCUGCUCUUGCAUGCAAUGCAUUGGCUCGUAUAACACAAGCAGCAGCAGCAAAAGAUGCUGCUGCUGCAGCACGAACGCGCAACAACAACAGCAGCAGCAGUAACAGCAGCAGCAGCAGCAGCAGCACUGCAGCAAUGUCCAUGAGACUAUCUCUUACUCGUUGUAUUAGGGUACUACUAGGAGGGGGGGGGCCCCCUUGGGGGCCCCUCAGAUCUAUGAAUGAGCAAGAUCUAUCUCUUGUUGCUAAUGCUGCUGCUGUUGCUGCAGAUAUUCCUCAUCCUUCUGCUGCUGCUGCAGCAGCAGAGCUGCUGCGGCCCCUUGUUGCGGAUAUUGUUGAUGUGUGCUGCAGCAGCAGCACCAGCAGCAGCAGCAGCAGCAGCGGCAGUGGCUCAACGCAGCAGCACCGACAAGAACAAGACCAACAGCAACAGAAGCAGCAGCAACAACAGCAGCAGCAAGAGCAGCAGCAGCAGCAGCAGCAACGUGUGCUGCUGCUGCAUUCUAUGGGUCCUCAAGGUCUAAGUUUGCUGUUUGCUGCACUGCAGCGGCUGCAGCCGCUGCUGCAGCGACGGCAGCUAUUCUUCGUCUCGGGAUGUCAAGGACUCACAAAGAUGCAGCAGCAGCAGCAGCAGCAGCAACAGCAACAGCAGCAGCAACAGCAACAGCAACAGCAACAGCAACAGCAGCAGCAACAGCAUCAGCAGCAGCAACAGGGAUCGGCAAUAUUAAGUUCUCUUGCUGGGCGUAAGAAGGAGCUUCUUGCUGCACUGCAGCGGGAGCAGCACUACUCGGGAUUAGCGAGUAUAUUUGUAUCUCUUGUUAAGUUAGAUAGAGCAAACAAGCCUAUCCCUAGCAGCAGCAGCAGCAGCAGCAGCAGCAGCAGCAGCAGCAGCGGCAUAGGGCUGUGCCCGGAUCAGCUGCUGGUAGCCGCAUGCAGCAAACGCUGGCAGAAAAAGCAAAGCAUUUCUUACUCAUCAACUCAGGCGUUGCCUCGUCAUUUGCUGCAGUGCUGCUUCUCUGCUGCAGCAGGUGCAUCCGCCCCUGCUGCAUGGCAUGCAGCGCUGCUGCUGCAUGCGUUGCAGCAGUUGCCUUCUAUUUCCUCGGUGCAGCAGCAACGGCAGCAGCAGCAGCAGAAGCAGCAGCUGCUGCUGCAGCACCGAUUGCAUGGUAGGUUAGGUGCAGCAGAUUGUUUAAUGGAUUUGCUGCAGCCUUUAGUGCAGCAGCAGCAGCUGCUGCUGCAGCAAAGCAUAGAUCCAUUUGCUGCUGCUGCGCAAACAGCCGAAGUAGAGGAACUGCAGCAGCAGCUGCUGCGUCUGCUGUCGCAGCAGCAGCUGCCUGCUGCUGCUCUGCUGCAGCUGCAUGCAGUGCUGCUGCAUGUUGCCUUAGAACUACCAGGAGGCGUAGCAGCACUGCCGCUGCAGUUCUUACGUGCUGCUGCUGCGCUGCUGCAGCUUGCUGAGGCUGCGCAGCAAAAACUGCUGCUGCUGCACCAGAACUCUGGUGCUGCAGCAGCAGCAGCAGCACUAGACCCGUGCAGCAGCGCCUGUGAUGAUAUGGUGCUGCUGCAAGAUCUGCAGCAGCAGCAGCAAGAGGACGGGCCCUCAAGCUCGCUGCUGCACCGGUCUGUUCUUCGCUGCCUCCAUGGCAUGCAAGAGCAGCAGCAACAGCAACAGCAGCAGCAGCAGCAGCAGCAGCGGUGGCGGAUACAAGAAGAGGCACCUGCGGGUCCUUAUGUGCUUGAUAUUCUGCUGCAGCAGACACAGGGGAUCGACCGAUCCCAAAGUGUGGGGUAA